CAUUUUUAAUUUAGUUGUGUUGUGAAAUAAAUUUUAUUUUUCUAGAUCAAUCUGUAAUCUAUUAAUGUUCUAUUCAGAUGUUGUGAUCAGUGUUACGUUGUUUGGUGGAUGUGUAUUUCAGAAGCUGAUUGGCUAACUAAGAACAACAAUGAAGUAUACAUUUCUACUGUAUGGAGUCGCUUCAAUUUAGCGAAAGCACUGGUUGUUGCAUUGUGUUUGUACGGUUAAGUGUUGCCUGUGUAAGCUCAAUGUUGCUAAGAAAGUUUUUUACGUUUUGUUUGAUAUUUUCAGAUAGUGUGCAUGUUGUAGCUUAAUGAAGAUAGUAAGACGGAUAUGUAAUUUAUAUAAGACUUGGUGAGAACUGCAAUGAAAGAUAAGUAUACUUUUUAGAAUAUCGAGCUAUGUCCUGAGAAAAAUGGUUAUUUUACUUCAGCUGUUAUGUGAAAGCGGUGGAUGUUUGGAAAAAAUGAACGUUUACUUGGAUAGUGCUGUUAAAGCGUGCGCUGUAUUGAAAAAAAUGACCCUAUUUGGUCGUGCUGUGAAAGCAUUUGCUGUUUAUUUCAGUCGUGCAUUAUGGUGUUGACUGUCUUUUGAAGGCCUUGUCUAUGUUACAUUUACUUUUGGCUGUGCUGUGUUUAAUUUGGUUAGCGCUAUGAAAACGUUGAAUAUUUCUAAACGAAUCGUUUGAAUUUAUCACACUACAAUUACCUUCUUUGUUUAGCUUGAUUGAAAUGCUGUUAAAUACUAAGACCUGUAUCCUACAUUUAUUGUUUGUUGUUCAUGGAAUUAAUGGAUAAAUGAUUUACUUACGACAGAGAGUGAGUAAGUGAAAUUAUUCACGUUUUCCAUAGUCUGCCAAAUAUUUUUGUCUCCAGUUCCCGGGUAAUUAUUUUACCACGUAUUCUUCUUGCAAUUCACGUUUUCUCAUGUUUUCAGUGCAAUAUUUAAGUGAUUUUUAACUGAUAAUUCUUACUCAAGGUUGAAUAUUUGACAACAUAACAAGUAUUUUGAUAAUUUGAUUAUUUGUUUAUUAUCUCCCACCCAUCCUUACAGGCAUGCCCAGUUUCUUGAUAGUUAUCGCUGAUUAUUCGGAUAUUAAAGGCAGAUUUACAUUUUGCAUUUGACUUGACUGUGAAUUAAACAAGAGUAUUCAUUUAGUGCUACCGUGAUUCCUCAGGCCAGACACUACAUCUCCUUUAAGUUGAUAAAAAAUAAAGUCCACAAUAACACAUCUUAAAUGUAUAUACAUAUAUUUUGUGGGUUUUAGGCAUUAACCGCUUCUUGAUAGUUAUUAAUUAUUUUCGUUUAUGUCGUGUUGGGCGACCUGUGGUUUUCCACCUUUUUAUUUUAGUACUGACUUAGUAGUCGUGCAUUAUUAGAACAUUAAAGGCAGAUAUACAUUUAUCAUUUUAAUAUAAGAUUAUUUGGAUUCUUCAUGCCAGACUCAGUACCUACAAUUAGUUGUGAAUAAUUGAUUUACUCACGACAUAGAGUGAGUAAAUUGCAUUGAUUGAAUACUUAGUAAUAUUGUUUACGAUAACAUUUUUAUGUUCUAUUACAAAGGAAAUAAACAAUGUCAGAAACUAGCAGCGUAUCGUUUCGAAAGGGCAAACGUAAAGUGUCUACUUUUCUAUAAGUUUUGAAAUCUGUAUUUUAUCUCUAAAACUUCCAAGUUUUAAUAUACAAUAACUGGCUGUAUCAGGUUAGUGGGCAAGAGUUGUUGUCAAGAACCUACUUAACUUAAUAUUACCAGCUUUUGUAAAUUAUGCAUUUUAACCUUUAAAUGCACUUUUGCAGCAAAUAUUUACCAGUUGCAGCUGCAAACAUAUCAGGGAUGCAGAUAUCCUUUCGACGGCCAACACAUUCUUGGCAUACGUACAGAAAAUGACGUCAGAUGACCUUCAGCUUUCCCAGAACUAAAGAAAAUGAAACAGAAGGUAUAUGCUAACAAAGAAAUGUGCGUGGACAUGCGAACAUUUUAUCAAGAUAAGCGCGUUCUUAAAACAAUAAUCAAGUGUUACAGUGUAUAGACUUGAACUAACUACACUAAAUAUCGAAAUAUGUACUGAAAGCAUUGAUAUAAUAUUCUGUUGGAUUUAUCUAUAUAACUACAUGAAAAAAAGGAUUUCUAUUUAAGGACAGAUUACUGAAAUGAAAAGGCAGGACAGACAGGCAGACAUUGGAGGUAAAAGACAGAAGUUAGAAAUGGAAGUCAGCAAGUCUACGCCUGAAAUCAUUCGAGAAGAAGAUAAUGACGACAGUGAAACUGAUGAGUUUACAGAAGUUACAGUAACAACACAAAUGGAAGAUGAUGACUUAGAGACAGAUGGUGUAAAGGAAGCAGGCACCAACAAAACAUAUCAGAUAUCCAGUUCAUGUUUAAGAUAUAAUGAUGGUACAAGACCGAAGUUAGAAGAUGGAUUUGGCUUUGGCAAAGAAACCUUUCAGUACAGGAUUCCUUCAAGUGGCCAUCCUAAACCAAAGAAAGAUCGAAGGGUCAACACAGUUAGUAAGGCCAGUGUAACUAAAAAGCACAGAGAGGAAACUUCACACUUUCAUGCAAAUACUCCAGCUGCAAACAACGUUUCACCAGAACGUGAAAAGAAGCACAAAGUUAAUCCGUGUAACACAAAUAACACAGAAAAUAAGACUGCAGGUCAUUGUAAAACCAACUCUGAAAAUAAAGCAGAUAUACCUGAAAUGGACACUAUAUAUACGAAACAGCUUCAAGAGUGGAAACUGCCGAGCGUACCAAAUGAGGUCCCACAAGAUUAUGCUGACAUGAGUCCAAGAAAACUGCCGACCGAACAAAGAGUGAAAUACUGCGGCAUGUCAUUAAAAAGACAGAAACCAGAUCAACAGACGAAAAUUCUGAUUCCCCACAAGUACGCCGAUAAACCUGAAGGUGAUGACUUUGGAGCGGCGUUAUGUACCUACAUAGACCACUUGGAAUACGGAAAGAUAUAUUACCGACAUUUCUUUGAGAAAGUUGAGCCAGCUCAGCCGGCUUCAGAAAUGAAGAUAAAAGAUGAUGAUGAACUUGUGUCGGUGAAUGACUUCUUUGUUCCGGUUUUGCCACAUACAGAAGUGUUGAACUUAUUUCAUCAUGUUAAAGUAGAUGGGAAAACGCGGUUGUCUUUGGUUAUAAGAAGGAAGUUGUCUAAACAGAAAUGGGAAUGGAUAGAGACCAGUGCUGUUCUAGCUCCGGAAAAAGAGAAAAACCCUCCAGCAGUUACCGAUUUAUGGUAUAAUGAAGUUGAAGGUGAUAAACCGAUUGAAAGACCAAUGAGCAAACAACUUUAUAAAAUACCCGGCACUGUAAAGUAUAUAGAAAUCCGUGAUGGUAAAGUUCAGAUUGGCAUAAUGAAUGAUGGGAAUAACAGAACAAUGAUUAUAUGGAAGCGCACAAAGUUUUGGCAGGUUGACAGUGAAGGACAUAUAAACUUUGCAAGUACUCUUUGUGACGUGACAAAGCAGUGGUUCAUUGCAAUAGAUCAGAAUGAUCAGAUAGUAGUUCAACGUGCACCUGUUUGGUUCAAAAUUUUCAAGGUUGGCAGUAAAAUACGCUUUCAAUUCCACGAGUUGUACCUUGGAUAUGAUUUAGAGAAUAACAAACUGAAAGCGCAAGUUACUGAUUGUUUGUUUGAAGAACUCCCAGCACCUUCUGUUGACGCUGUAGACGAUGUAUCAGCUAGUCAAAAAGUAGACAACUUGAUUGAGGAAGGCCAAAAUAAUGCGCAUCAACCCUCUCACAAACUGUCUCUUCGUAUUAACGUUCCUCAGCCCGUAGCCGGUCUAAGUCUUAGCAAUAGUAGUGAUGUAGCCUCACUCUCCAGUGCUGAUUCGGGGACUGGUAGCUUAAAUUUCAAUCGCAGUAGUAGCUCCGGUACAGGUAAUAGUGAUCGUCAGUCUGUCAUGUCGUCGCAGUCGUCAGUAUCCAGCGGAUACAGGUCAGCAAGUCCUGAAAUUACGGACAGCUCCCCUAACGAUGCUUGGACGAAAGCACCUACUCAUGGGUUUCCGUGGAGCUCUCAUUUGGCACCUAUUAACACACCAACAACGCCUUUCAAAAACUUGGAUAUAUCAACUUCAGAGUCUAAUUCUGAAGUUGAUUAAUGAUAUUUAUACAAGUAAUUUGUAUUGAUUUGUUUUGGUAUUUGAAAGUUUCAUAAGCCUUUUAAUUUUUUUUUUGAUAAAAAGAAAUUAGGCUAUGGCUAUUUAGAUGGUAUGGAUAAUAACAUGGAUAGAAAACACUACUUUCAAUAUUGAACAUGAAUUUAUACAGUUAGAGCCAUAAAGGCAGGUAAUUAUAAACAAUGGAUUCAAUAAUAGUUUUUCUACUGUGUUAAUUAACAUUCAAACCUUUGGCAAAUAUGUGAGAAAACAGUUAUCCAAAGUAGGAUUUUGAAAGAAAUAAACAUGUUUUAUGUUUAGAACAAAAAUAGUGGCAGCCACUUUAUGAACAAAGGCAUUAUGAACCUUUAACAUACGUUUCAUAUUUUCAAAUUAGUUUUUUAUGAGUUUGAUAUUAGUUGAGUAUCGUUUAUGGUAGAUCUUCAUUUUAUACAUGUAACUUGUAUUGUAGUUUGAGGAAAGACUGUAUAGAUUGUGUUUUUUUCAUGUUUUUAAUCAUCGUUGAACACUGAACAAACUAUAGAAAACAUGAUCAGAUGCUUUGCGUACAAUACAUUUGAUGCGUAUUUUUUUGUAUUGUAAAUUGCCUUUUAUCGUACGGUGAAUGAAUGUAUAUAGUCAAGUUUUAAAUCAUAACUGAAUAUUUUUCAAACUGUACAUAAAACGUGAUGCUUUAUUUACACUACAUUUGAUAUUUGGUAUUAUUAAUUGUUUUUGUCGCACGAUAAAUGACUGUAUAGGGUCAAGUUUUAUAUUAUUGCUGAAUAUUUUGAAUUGUAUAUUAAACAUGAUACUUUAUGUACAACAUAUAUGACAUUUUAUGGCAUUGUUUUAAAUUUUUGAAUAAUUGUUUUAAAUGCGAAAACAGCAGAUGUUAUUUUUUUUAAAUUUUUGUGAGUUUUUACAUUUCAUCAUUUAUAUUUUCAAGGUUUGUUGAAUUAAAUGUACAACGCCAUUGAAUAUGUCAUUGUAUAGAAAUAGGCAUUAAAUCAAAUGAAUCAG